AUGUCUGGUACUACCAUCCUCAGCGAGCUACCGAACUCGUCUCUCUUCCAAUUCCCUCCCAGCCACUACCCCAUCGGCGUCCCUCCUCCCCCGCCGGGUGCGAGCUCCUCCAACUUUGCCAUUCCCGAUCACAUUUACAAUGCCGUCCUGGACCCCCGGGUCCCCAUCACCAUUGCGGCGACAUACGCUGUCACGAUUAAGCUCCUCAACCGCUACAAUACCUCUACCAACAAGCGCCCUUGGGCUAUUAGCAAGACGGGCCCUUUCAAGGUCUUUGUCAUCCUUCACAACAUCUUCCUUGCUGUCUACUCGGCCUGGACCUUCUGGGGUAUGCUCGGUGGCAUGCGCCGUGCCAUUGUGAGCCCCUUUGGCCCUCACGGCGUGGCGGCCACCGCCGACAGCCUCUGCCAGAUGAACGGCCCUGCUGGCUUUGGCCACGCGACUGUCUACAAUGAGACCCUCGGCCAGUGGACCAGCAUCAACGGUGCCAUCAGCCUGUCCGCCAACGGAAACCCUAGCACCGACGUGUACGGUCGCCUGUGGAACGAGGGUCUCUCCUUCUACGGCUGGAUCUUCUAUCUGAGCAAGUUCUAUGAGGUGCUUGAUACUUUUAUCAUCCUCGCCAAGGGCAAACUGUCUUCGACCCUUCAGACCUACCACCACGCCGGCGCCAUGAUGUGCAUGUGGGCUGGCAUGCGUUACAUGUCUGCUCCUAUCUGGAUGUUUGUCCUCGUCAACUCGUUCAUUCACGCUCUGAUGUACACAUACUACACCAUCACCGCCUUUAACAUCCGCGUGCCGACACCCAUCAAGCGCUCUCUGACCACGAUGCAAAUCACCCAGUUCCUCGUGGGCGCUUCGUAUGCCAUGCUCCACUCCUUCGUCUCGUACACCGUCCCGGUAACCGUCUACACUGAGAAGUCCGCGUCUGCCGCCGCCGCCGCCUCCGCCAGCCCCUCCUCUUCUCUUCCCACCGCCGAGGCUAUCGUGAAGGCAUCUGUCGGUGCGAUCGCGUCUAUCAAGAACAUGCUCUACGGAGCGGCCAGCGAGUCCGCUGUUGCCGCCGCCGCCUCGGAUGCCACUGGCGCCGCUGCGGCCGCUGCCGCUGCUGCCGUGCCCGCCGGUCUGCAGGCUGAGACCGUCUGGGUCACACAGCCUUGCAUUACCACCAGCGGUGAGACGUUCGGCAUCUGGCUCAACGUUCUGUAUCUCGCGCCCCUGACCUACCUCUUCGGCAUGUUCUUCGUCCGCAGCUACCUCCGCCGCUCCAGCGCCCAGGACCUCAAGCCCAAGGGCAAGUCGCGCCGCGAGAGCAAUGUCACCCUCGCCGAGAAGGCCGGCUGGGAUGCUGCUAAGGAGGUCAGCAGCGAGAUUUACAACCAGGGCGCCGAGGAGGCUGUCGUCACUGGUCCCAAGACGAGGAAGGGCCGCAAGAACUAG